AGUCGCGUCAUCCGCCGCACGCCGCGCGCACGGCUGUUGGAGAACCGGACAGCCGCCGCGGACGGUCCGCCAACUAACCUGACCGGUCAGCGGUCUCCGAGUGGUGCGGCCGCAGACUGAGCGCGGAGAGCGCGCUGAGAGGAGCGCGCGGGCACAACCCGUCCGUGCCCAGUGUCUGUGAGAGGAUCGGCCGGCCGCGCUGACGAGGCCCCGCCGGGACCAUGGUGGCCGGCGCGAUGGUAGCCGGGACGCUGAUGGUCAUGAGCGCGAUACUGCAGACGGCGGCAGACAGAGACUGUUACCGUCCGCUGGCGUCCGGCCGGCGGCUGGGAGUCCAGUUUAUCUCGCGGCGUUACAGUGAGACCACGCUGGACGAGUGUGCCGACAAGUGUCUGAGGUCGGAGACGACCUGCCGCGCCUUCAGCUACCGACAGCCGGACACGGUGGUGAACGGCGUGUCCGUGGACCUAAACUGCGAGCUGACCACCACCCCCGUGAACGGCAUCGAGCGGAUGCUGACGGUGGACGCCGACUAUCAGACGUUCGAGCCGGUACAGAGCGCCGCCUGCCGCACCACGCUGCCCGGCAGCUCCGGCAACUCGGCCGUCGAGAGCAGGGACUGUUUCCGUCGCGUGAUCACCGGCCGGCGCCUGCCCACCGGCUCCGUCCGCUACUCGCUCCGUUCCAGCUCCCUCAGCCGGUGUCAGCAGAGCUGCCUAGACGCAGACUUCUUCUGCACCGUCUUCUCAUACAAGACGGAGUACGACACGAACGAGAUCAACUGCGAGCUCUCCGCUGAGGAGGACUGGGAGACCUCGCUCGAGUCGGCCACACUGUUUGACACUUACGAGCGCGAGAAGACGCCCGAGUGUGGCUACUACGGCGGCUCCGGCUCCGGUGGCUCCGGUGGCUCCGGAGGCAGGGACGACUGUUUCCUGCUGGCGGAGCGGGGUCGUGCCAUCGACGUCCAGGACGUCACCCGUCAGGUGGCCUCCGAGAGCCUCCGCCGGUGUCAGCGGGCCUGCAGCCAGGCGCCGUUCGGCUGCCAGGCUCUCAGCUAUAGGCGGGCCGACUACUCUGGUGACCGCAACUGCCAGCUGUCGGGUCGCUCGGGCCGCCUGCACACGGUCCCCCAGAGCGAGUACAGCACCUACCGACGCGGCUACGGACGCGAGUGUGACGAUCCGGGCAGCGGCGGAGGCGGGAGCAGUGGCGGAUCGUCAGGAAUGAUUCGCUGUUUCCGACUGAACGCGCCCGACUCGCGACUGCGGAUCAGUAAUGUGAUCAGAAACGUGAUGACCACGACCGUGCAGAACUGCGCAGAGGCCUGCAAGAUCACCGACGGAUGCCGAUCAUUCAGCUACAGACGGGACACGGCCGGCGCUCAGCUCAACUGUGAGAUGGCCCGCGUGGCGGUACGCUCGGCCGACGACAGAGCGGUGGAGCCCGAUCAGCUUUACGACACGUACAGCCGGGAGUACGGAGCCGCCUGCCAGACCGGCGCCGGAGGCGGUACCGGUACCGGUACCGGUACAGGCAGCUCAGGUGGCUGUUACCGGCUGGUGAGCAGCCGCAGUCGCCUGCAGCGGAGCCGCAUUGACGCCGUGUUCAGUGCCAUGUCCCGCACCGAGUGUGAGCGCAUCUGCUACAUGUCCUACACGGGCUGCCGCUCCUUCAGCUACAUGUCCCAGGCGAGACGGAACAACUGCGCCGUGUCUCGGGAGGACGCCUACCCCAGUCGACUGGAGCCGGACUCGCGCGCCGACACCUACCAGCGUGACUUCAGUCGGGCCUGCGACUUCGAGACCGAGGAGGGCAACGACGACGAGUGUUUCCGGCUGCUGACGCGGGACGCGCGCGUGUCCAACUCCCGCACGGACAACUCUGUGCAGGCGGGCUCCCUGCUGGCCUGUCAGCAGGAGUGCCGCCGCACCGGCUGCGAGACUCUCAGCUACCGACGCUCGUCGUUCGUGGGCGAGACCAACUGCCGCCUGAGCCGGGACCUGCUCGACUCCCGCGACCUGAUACCGGAGAACGAGCACGACACGUACACGCGUCUGCCGAGCACCCGGUGCGACGGCCGGCCGCCACCGGGACCGCCCGGACCGCCCGGUCCCGGACCGUCCGGUCCGCCCGGACCGCCCGCCAACACCGGGCUCUGUUUCCGGAUGGUGAUGCCCGAUGCCCGGCUCCGCGACAACUACGUUCUGGGGGUGGUCCAGGUCACUGACCUCAGACAGUGCGAGGACGAGUGUCUGCGGCUCAGAGACUGCGGCAUCUUCAGCUUCAGACGGACGUACAGCCGGACGGACAACUGUCUACUGAGCCGCGGACUGGGUCAGGGCGGCGUGCGGGACCUGCUGCAGCCGGAGUUCGGAUGGAGCUCCUACCAGAGGGACGGACGGUGCCAGGGACCGGGAGGACCGCCUCCACCGCCGCCGUCCGGCCCCGGAGCCUGGACCAGCGGGCCGCCGAGCGGCUCCGGCUCAGGAUGUUACCGGCUGCAGCGGCGGGACACGCGGCUGGAGAACCACAUCCUGGAGGUGAUCAACUCCCGCGAGCUGAGAGACUGUGAGGAGUCGUGUAACCGGGACCGGCGCUGCGUCUCCUUCAACUUCCGGAGUGACCCGGUGGAGACGGUAUGCGAGCUGACCGACAUGGACAGCUACGCGGCCGUCGCCCAGUUCCGGCCCAUCUCCGGCUGGGACUUUUACGAAAAGGACGCGUCCUCGUACUGUUCAGGCUGGGAUAACGACUACUUCGACCAGCACAACUUCGGGUAUCCAUACUGUUCGGCCCGCGUUCAGGACAACUCUCUGCUGAACGUGAACGCCGUCCGACGCGACAUCACCGCCCGCAGUCUGGCCGAGUGUGAACAGGCGUGCCGCGACGAGCGCGCCUUCCGCUGCGAGACGUUCUCGUUCGGCGUGCUGCCCGGCGGCCGGGCGUUCUCCUGCCACCUCACCGACCUGCGUGUCAGCGAACUCUCCCCGAGGGAUAUCGAGCCGGCGCCCAGCUUCGAGAUCUACGACUUCCACGGCAACGGCCGCGAGUGUGACCGGCCCAACGACCAGUACGACUUCAGGCACGGCGCGCUGGAGACGAGCUCGGGUCGCUCGUGUGUGCGCGGCCCGUGCCGGAUCGACCGCUCCGGCGGCUACUGGUACUGCUUCACGGACGUGGCAGAGGCCGUCUGGGACUACUGCUGCGACCCCGACAGUCAGUGCCAGCACGACGCCAGGAUGGACAUGCAAACGUGUUUUGUGACGCAGGGCCGCGGCCUGUACCGUAAUGCCGGCCUGGAUACGGCGUGGCGGCCGUGCUCGUACCGCCCCGGCCGGUACGCCUACCUCACACGGAACGGUACCGACCACGUGGUACCGGAAGACACCGCGGCCAACGCCACCGACACCGCGCAGAACAGCCUCCUGGAGCCCAUCGACCUGACCGACGAGCGCGACAAGAGUCGUAACUGAGCGCGACAAGAGUCGUAACUGAGCGCGGCGAGAGACUGAGCGCGGCGGGAGUCGUAACUGAUCGCGCGAGGAGCGGAGAAUGACCGCAUCGAGAGUUGUAACUGAGCGCGCCAAGAGUCGUAAAUGAGCUCCAGGAGUCGUAACUGAGCGCGAAGAGAAGAGACUGAGCGCACCAAGACCGCGACUGAGCGGCGACGAGCGCCAAGAGUGGGGACUGAUUCUCCGUGCGUGUUAUGUCGGCAUCAAACUGUCGAGGACUAAAGCGCCACGUUGGGAUUAAGCAGGGGCCACGUACGAGAGGCGAGUCAGAUCGCAUGACCCGCUGGAGUGAGGUGUGAGGACGAGCUAGGAGGCCAAGUGCAGCAUGAUCGCCUUGUGCUCGUGAGAGAAGAAGACCAAUAGGAGCGCGCCGGGGAGGGUAACUCUGGGUGCCAGCUGGACGCCACUGAGAAUCUCGUGUACACCAAAGCGAUGCGGGACCGCGCCGUGCCGCGCGAUUAGUGAGAACGCGGAAUCAUGUUCAUGUGUAGUAAGUGGCGUAACGCCGACAGAUUUAAGAUAUUUUAGUAAGACGGCUGGUCGGUCAUGAGUACGUAACGCGAGAAAUUCGCGUCAGGGUGCGCCACAAGCCGCGCAGAGCGUACAUUUUGCAACAAGUUAUUGUCCACAGCCAACGGGACGACAUUCAUAUCAUGACUCAUGAAAGUAUGCACUGUUGUCCAUCGCCUUUGCACGUGAUCAUGAGCGCCUGUUCGUAUCCUGUCUGCACCGCCACUGCCUGUCUGCGCUGUCACCGCUGCUGCUCGCUCUGUGCAGAGCUGGCCUUCAACCAGAGCUCUCUCAUACUGAAUGUAGUCUGUGCCCGGCGUGUAUGUGUUUCAGUGUCGCUACCGUGCCUAUCCAUCCGUCCAGUAAGUUUAUAAAGUCGCGGCCAUACUCCGCGGUCAUACCGACCUGGUUUGGUAUGCCCAUACUGAGGUGGCACGCUCCCUCGACUCGGUGUAUACCGCGGUCGCCCAGUCUUAUCUGGGUCUGAACUCUGAACUCACGGCGGGAUGACUGCGUAUUGCAGCUUCGGACCAAUACAGUCGAGACGAUGCC